AAAUGAUGUAGAUAAUAUGUAUGUUAUUCUCCCCGAGUGCAGCGGCCAGUCAACACACCGCCGCAGUCAUGAGUGUCUACACAUUUUUAGAAAUAGACGUCAAUUCCCAGGUGGAAGAGCUCCGAGCCUACCUGAAGGAGGUGGGGGCGGAGAUCGCGGUGGAACGGAGUCCUAAGGGUCUUGAGGAUGACUUGCACAAAAUCAUCGGGGUUUGUGACACAGCCUUUUCCUCCGAGGCGACGGAACCAGAGGUGGAAGCUCUCCUGAAUUCCAUCGUCUCAGUUCUGAUUGUGGUACCUGUAGGAGACAAAACAGAGAGUCUCAUUCUAGCAUUCUGUGAAAAGCUGGCCAAGGCUCCAUCAAACAGACUCGGCCAUGUUUGUCUCAGAGUACUGAAUCUCUUGUUCCACGCUCUGCCGGAGAACCUGGGAGUGCGCUACCAUGUGUAUUACACCAUGGUGCAGGUGUCUGGUCAGAUUGGACAGAUACAGGCGGUGUACCAGUGUGCAGAAAGGAUGCGCUCCACACUCAACACCGCCCAGCCACCACCCUCCACAGAGCAGAUGCAGCAGCUACUUCGCCUCUUACAUCAGACACUUCUUGCCAACAAAAUCAGUGAGGAUGCAAGCAAAGUAAUGAUCGAGUUACUGGGAACUUACACAACAGAAAAUGCCUCUCAGGCGAGAGAAGACGCUCACCGCUGCAUAAUUGCCUCCCUGGCUGACCCCACCACAUACAUCAUGGACCAUCUCCUUACACUCAAGCCAGUAAAAUUCUUGGAGGGUGAACUUAUCCACGACCUACUGACCAUAUUUGUGUCGGAGAAGCUGCCGGGUUACAUCCACUUCUACAACAACCACAAGGAGUUUAUCUCUUCCCUCGGUCUGGACCACGAGGCCAACGUGCGCAAGAUGAGGUUGUUGACCUUCAUGCAGAUGGCUGAGAGUCAGUCUGAGAUGUCCUUUGAGGUGAUCAUGCAAGAGCUACAACUUGGUGCUGAGGAGGUGGAAGGAUUCAUUAUUGAAGCCUUGAAGACGAAGCUCGUCAGUGCCAGAAUGGACCAGAGCCAACACAAGGUGUUCGUGUCGUCUCGCGUACACCGGACAUUUGGCCGCAACCAGUGGCAGGCUCUACACGAAACACUCACCGGCUGGCGGACCAACCUUACUCUUGUGAAAGACUCCAUGCAGGCAAUUGUCACCGCCCCCAUAGGAGGAAGCAAGCAAAAAGGAGUAGCUGCUAAAGCAGCGCAGUAACACGACCAAGUGAUCAGUCUUUUACACAAGAGGAUGAUGACCCAACACCCUGGGAUGUCUGGUGUGUUUACUACUACAAGGAGGCCAAGUCAACCAAAACCAUCUACACUUACUAGACAAGACAUCACCAGCGUCCAUCCAUCUCCGACACAAGACCUGGGACUGCAUCGGUUAUUAAAUUGUUUAGGGUUGAUCCCAACACAGUCAGGCUACUAAAAAUAUAGAAAGUUUCAUAUUAAUA